AUGCAAUUAAAGGACUUGGCGUCGAUUGAGCUUCCGCCUACGGCGGACAUGCAUGUGCAUCUCCGACAGGAUGCCAUGAUGGAGCUCUGCACGCCAUUGGUCGAGAAAGGAGGAUGCGACAUAGUCUUUGUCAUGCCAAACCUGACUCCCAAGAUUGGAAGUGUGUCGCAAGCAUUGGAAUAUCACGAAAAGCUGAGCAAGAUUGCUCCCAAUGUCAAAUUCCUCAUGUCACUGUAUUUGCACACUGGUUUGACCGAAGAAGAAAUUGAAAAGGCUGCUAAAUCCGGUGUUGUCUAUGGGGUUAAAUUCUACCCUGCUGGCGUCACAACCAACUCUCAAGAAGGUGUACUCGAUAUCGAGCAACUAUACCCCGUUUUUGCCGCUAUGGAAAAACACGACCUCGUUCUUAACCUUCACGGCGAGAUGAUCAGCACACCCGCUAGUGCCGUGGGAAAACAGGUAGACCCAGUCGUUACUGUUCUCAAUGCUGAGCCGCUUUUCAUCCCUCAACUUGCCAAACUACACAAGGCGUUCCCUAAGCUGCGAAUAAUUUUAGAGCAUGUCAGUACGCGACAGGGAUUGGAAGCCGUUCGUGCUUGUGGUCCAAACGUUGCCGGAACUAUCACUGCGCACCACCUUCAAAUCACAAUCGACGAUGCAGUUGGUGACGUUUUUAACUUCUGCAAACCAGUCGCAAAGACCCCCGAAGACCGUCUGGCGCUAGUCAAGGCCGCCAUCGACGGCUCUGGCAAAUUCUUCUUUGGAAGUGACUCGGCACCUCAUCCAGUUCAGUCCAAGAAAGGACCAGGAGCCACCGCUGCCGGGUGUUUCACUCAGCCAUAUGUUUCUCAAAUCGUCCUCGGCGCUCUCGAGGAGGCUAUUGAACAAGGAUGGAUUCAAGCAGACGAGGUCACCCAAGAAGCCCUCGAGGGAUUCUUGUCCGGAUUUGGGCGGAAAUUCUACAAAGUUCCGACCUCGAACUCAACUAAGAAAAUCCGUCUGGAGAAGAAGGGAGAAAAAAUUCCGGAUAUUAUGAAGUCAGCGGAUGGGGCUGUUGAGAUUGUUCCCUGGGGUCGAGGAAGGGAAAUCAGAACACUUUCGUGGGUUUAA